CAAAAAGGAAAUCAAAAUAAUUAAUGCUAGUCGACUUAGUAACAGUUGGACUCCACUUUCCAUAGUCUUUUCCCAUCAUCUGUCCCAUCUGUUCCCUUGGUAGCCGUUUCAUAUCCUCAUUACCUGCUACCCUCUACAUUUCCUUCUUCACUUUGUAUUCUUCAAUCUGGUUCUCUGCUCCACCGUCCUUCUUAAAAAUCGUCUCUCCCUCGUACCAGGGAAUCCCCCAUAACUGUCACAGAGGGGAGCUCCAUUUUACUCCCUAAUUUAACCGUCUGUAAACUCAAAAGGGCUUCAGUAACAAAUGAAGAGUAAACAUUCUGGUGUAAAACCGUCUUCGUCGCCAUGAGUCGUCCGCCCCUGCCCCAGACCAGCAAGCCGGAUGCCGACUUAAAAUUCCUGCUAUCAAAGGCUGCGUCGAACUGAAUCGUCACUCUAGUUCCUCCCUCUUGCUACCUGUAACUGCUGCUCGGUUUUAAGGUACUUGUUUUCAUCCUCAACCCUUCGAGUUCAGCUAUGUAGUUUUAAACUUUGAGAGAUAACUCCCUCCCUGUUUCUGUUUUCUGUUCAUGUAUGAAUUUAUUCCUUGAGUUCCAAAUAAACCGCAUGCCACAACAUAAAAUCUUACACUGCCCAGAGGUACUCAUUCUGAAAACCCAGGACAAUACCUAAAGAUGUGGGUGAUGUCUUCUUCCCCCCUUCCACAGCGAGGACAUGCCGCAUCAUUACUCACCCGUUUAUGUUUUAAAUUAGCUAGAGUAGGGAUAUAGUUCCAAAAUAUUCUCCAUAUUGUAAUUGCUAUCUUGGCAGGUAGUUGUAAAUUCCAUAGCUUACCAUAGAAAUCCUUUAGAUUGGUCUGUAUUAAAUAAAAGUUAGGAUCCCGGAACCCGACAAUCAUCCCAUACAGAUAUUCUGGUUCCUCGUCCGACUCUCCAACACAACCCGUCCUGCAGCAAUCGCUUAGCAGCCCAGACACUCUUCCAGGUAAGUGAAGGCGAAGGGAACUAACCAGAAAACAAUCGUGUAGGUGCAGAAACAAUAUUGAAUGACGUAUCUGCCUCCUAUCAGCCAAACAAACAAGAGAGCAAAACAAAAAAAAACCUAAAAAUGUGCCAGAGCGGCAGAAUUCUCGCGUGCUAGGGUAGUAGACCUUAAAUAAUAAAUGGUUGAAAAAAAAUUUGAUAUUACAUAUGUUAUAAUAUAUAUUUGUUGUAUAAAAUUUAAAAAAUAAUAGAACUUGACAAAUAUAACUAUUCCGUCAAAAAAAAGUUUUAACAAGUCUAAAAUUUCAAAUUUUGAAAAAUUACAUAAACUAAAAAUUUAAAGCUAAAGUAUAGGGACUACAUUAGUAAUUUAUGGAUAAUAUAGAGGCUAAUAAUAAAGUUUAACCGCUUAAAGGCUAAGUAGACGAAGCAAUAAGGCCUUUAAAAUGUCAUCAAGACAGACUAUAUGGGAAAGUGAAAGACAUUAAUUGUGAAUAGUCAAAGAAGGAGCGUCGCUCGUUAGAGACCCCCUGAUUCUUCCACUCGAAGUUGUGCUUGCAGAUAGAAUCUUCUACCUCCACAUUAUCUCAUAAUGGAAGGGUAUAGGGACCUUAAUCCUAGGGAUGUUAAUGGACAAGUAACGAAGGUCACAUGGAGGAUUGAGAACUUCUCCAGAAUUAAAGACAAAAAGCUCUGCUCUGAAAUUUUCACUGUUGAUGGCAACAAAUGGCGACUUAUUAUCUACCCAAGGGGGACCAAGGGGAAAAAUGUGGGUUUUUGGUCUAUUUUUUUCGCUGUUGCAGAUUCAGCAACUUUGCCUUCCGGAUGGAGUAGAUAUGCCCAUUUCGGAUUAGCAGUCAUCGACCAAUUCCAUCGUGAAAAUUCGAAAACACUAGUCAUUAUGAAAGAUUUCACGUGUAGUGUUACUAGUUGGGGCUUCCUUUCAUUCUUACCUUUUUGUGAAUUACACAACCCAACAAGAGGCUAUCUCGUCAAUGAUACAUGCUUAGUUGAAGCCUACGUUUUCACUGAUAGGAAAAUUGGUUUUAUAUCACAUGAAUUAAUAGUCAAAACUGAUGCGGAUAAACUUAAGACUAAGGAAGCCGAUUGUGUUAAGGCAGCCAUGGACAACCAGAAAACUACAUCAACCAAACCAGUUGAAAUCACUAAUCCUUCACCAACUUCACCUUCUUGCCAGAUUAUGGCUACUGAACCUGAGGAGCCUACUGAGGAAGAUAUGAACACAUUCUUCACUAGCUUAGAGUCUAAGCUUUGGAGCUCCAACACUAUUUUUUCUCGAGAAGAAGCAAAGGAAGCACUGGCUAAAGUAGAAAAAGGAUUGAAUAUGGCCCCGGUUAAUUUUUACGAGGCAUGGAAGCUUUCUCCACUUAAGCAUGCAUUCAAUAUACUAGCUAGUUUUGAUUGUUCCUCUACCACCCUUACAUUGAGCAAAAAAAAGAGUUGUUGGGCAUGGAGGAGAGCUUGAAAGAACUAGCUGACCGAGCAGCAAAAGCAUUGCAGGACAAGAAUUGCCUUACUGAGAAGGAAUCUAUUAAGUUGACGAUUACACAUAAAUUGGAUUGUAAUCUAAUCAGAUAUAAGGAGGUUGAAUCUGAGGUUGUUGUCCUCCAUGUACAAGUUGAAGAAGCACAAAAGAAAAGGGAGAACAUGUUGGCUGAACGGAAGGAGAUAUUUAAAAGCUCCAAGAAAAUGAAAAUGGAGUUGGAAGCAUUGGAAAAACAUUGGGCUGAGUAUGAGGUCAAAACCAAGGUUGCUGAGGAGGAAGAGAAUAUUGUUGAGGCUGAAUGGGGAAGAAUCAAAGACUUCAUCUCUUCCAUUAAAGGAAAGAUUUAGAAACUUUGGAUGAAACUUUGUAGUAAUGGUGUUUUGUGCAAGACUUAAUAUUAUAUGCAUCAUUUUCUCUCCUUUCCCCUUUUUCUUAUUUAAACUGAAUGGAGGAUAUAUAAAUAUACAAUUUCCAGAA